GCAUGAUAACAAGCUUUACGCACCACGUUCAAUUAAGUAAGGGCCGUGAUGCAGUAUAAAUAUUUGCGGGCUUUAACGCCUAUUUUAAAAUUUGGCGUUAACACUUUGGUGCUUAAUCGAUAUGGAAGACGAUGGAGGAGAGAGGUCGAGCUUCGUGAUCGGUCUCAUUGAAAACAGAGCUAAAGAGGUUGGAAUGGCUGCCUUCGACUUAAGAUCAGCUUCACUGCAUCUUUCUCAAUACAUUGAAACCAGUAUCUCAUAUCAAAAUACAAAAACAUUGCUGCAUUUCUAUGAUCCCAUGGUGAUCAUUGUUCCUCCUAACAAACUAGCUCCUGAAGGUAUGGUGGGAGUAUCAGAACUGGUGGAUCGGUUUUAUGCUUCAGUCAAGAAGGUUGUAAUGGCUCGUGGUUGCUUUGAUGACACCAAGGGUGCAAUGCUGAUUAAGAAUCUAGCAGCCAGAGAGCCUUCAGCCCUUGGUCUGGAUACAUACUACAAACAAUAUUAUCUUUGCUUGGCUUCUGCUUCUGCUGCAAUCAAGUGGAUUGAAGCAGAGAAAGGUGUCAUUAUCACAAGCCAUUCAUUAGUGGUCACAUUUAAUGGAUCAUUUGACCACAUGAACAUUGAUACUACGAGUGUCCAUAACUUGGAAAUUGUUGAACCACUUCAUUCUGCACUUUGGGGUACAAGCAACAAGAAAAGAAGUUUGUUCCACAUGCUCAAGACAACAAAAACUAUUGGAGGGACUAGACUUCUUCGCGCCAAUCUUUUGCAGCCUCUAAAAGAUAUUGAAACUAUCAAUACUCGUUUGGAUUGUUUGGAUGAGUUAAUGAGCAAUGAACAGCUAUUUUUUGGACUCUCUCAGGUCUUGCGUAAGUUCCCAAAGGAGACUGAUAGGGUACUUUGUCAUUUCUGCUUCAAGCCAAAGAAAAUAACAAAUGAAGUCUUAGGUGCGGACGAUGCUAAGAAGAGCCAAAUGUUGAUAUCAAGUAUUAUCCUUCUCAAAACUGCAUUAGAUGCCUUGCCAUUAUUGUCCAAGGUGCUUAAGGAUGCACAAUGUUUUAUUCUUGCAAACGUUUACAAGUCUGUAUGUGAAAAUGAGAAAUAUGCUGACAUUAGAAAGAGAAUUGGAGAGGUGAUUGAUGAAGAUGUGCUUCACGCACGUGUUCCUUUUAUUGCUCGCACACAGCAGUGUUUUGCUGUCAAGGCUGGAAUUGAUGGACUAUUAGAUAUUGCUCGGAGAUCUUUUUGUGAUACUAGCGAAGCUAUACAUAACCUAGCAAACAAGUAUCGGGAAGAAUACAAGCUGCCAAAUCUGAAACUUCCGUUUAACAAUAGACGGGGUUUUUACUUUAGCAUUCCCCGUAAAGAUAUUCAAGGAAAGCUUCCUAGCAAGUUCAUUCAGGUUGUGAAACAAGGGAAUAAUGUACAUUGCUCGACUUUGGAACUUGCAUCUUUGAAUGUCAGAAAUAAAUCUGCAGCUGGAGAGUGCUAUGUUAGAACCGAAGUUUGCUUGGAAGCCCUAGUUGAUGCCAUAAGGGAGGACAUCCCAAUGUUCACACUUCUUGCUGAAGUCCUGUGCCUCUUAGAUAUGAUUGUGAAUUCGUUUGCUCAUACAAUAUCAACCAAGCCUGUUGACCGAUAUACUCGGCCAGAAUUUACUGAUAAUGGCCCUCUAGCAAUUGACGCUGGAAGACACCCCAUCCUAGAAAGCAUACACAGCGAUUUCGUGCCCAACAGCAUCUUUAUUUCUGAAGCAUCAAAUAUGGUGAUUGUAAUGGGACCAAACAUGAGCGGGAAGAGCACUUAUCUUCAACAAGUGUGUCUCAUAAUUAUUCUAGCUCAGAUUGGCUGCUAUGUUCCAGCCCACUUCGCAACAAUUAGAGUAGUUGAUCGUAUAUUUACAAGGAUGGGCACAAUGGAUAACCUUGAAUCAAACUCUAGUACGUUUAUGACAGAGAUGAAAGAGACUGCAUUCAUCAUGCAGAAUGUCUCUCAAAGGAGCUUGAUUGUUAUGGAUGAACUUGGGAGGGCUACUUCUUCUUCUGAUGGUUUGGCAAUAGCAUGGAGCUGCUGUGAAUAUUUGCUAUCCCUCAACGCGUAUACCAUAUUUGCUACUCAUAUGGAGAAUUUGUCGAAACUAGCUACCAUAUAUCCAAAUGUGAAAAUUCUUUCCUUCUACGUUGACAUUAGAAACAGCCGCCUAGACUUUAAGUUCCGACUCAAUGAUGGCCCUAAGCACGUAGCACACUAUGGUCUUCUACUAGCAGAAGUUGCAGGGUUACCAAGUUCAGUGAUUGAAACAGCUCGAAGCAUAACAUCAAGGAUUACGGAGAAGGAAGUAAACGAGAUGGAAGUGAACUGCCUGAAUCAUAAUCAAAUAAUGAUGGCCUACCGUGCUGCUCAACGACUAAUAUGCUUAAAGUAUUCAAAUCAAAAGGAAGAAGCUAUCCGGCAGGCCUUGCACCUUCUCAAGGAGAACUAUAUUGAUGGUAAACUCUAAAGCUGACCUCUUAGUCUAAACAGUAAAGGGAAUAAAAUGGUAAUCCGAUAUAUUAGCUCAGAACCCAAAUAUAAUGUUACCGAUGAAUUCGGAUGUAAAGCAGCCGAUGACAAAUUCUACUCGAUAUAAAAUCAGAAGGCAUUAAACAGAAAAUAAGAGCCCAAGAUAGGCAAAUGAUGUGCAAGUAGUUAUUCUGAAAAGCAAGUAGCAAUAACUUCAGAAAUUCAUAGCAUCCAAAACAAAAAUAAAUUGCAUGUAAAUUCAAAGCGUCAGUUUUUUAAAACUUCCAAAAAUUUCAAACUCAAAACGAUGACUUCUAAAAUCAACUAGGAUAAAAAGUCUAAAGGAACACAGUAACUCAGCGGUAGCGGCGAAGGGAGAGAGUGUUGUUUCUCUUCCAGGUUGCCCUGCGAGAAGGACGGUUCUUGUGGUGCAAAUGACCCUUUCCAUGGAGACCCCUGUUUUUCUUACCAGCAGAUGUAAGUCCUCGAAGUUCCCUGUGCUUGUGAACCGGAUUGCAGAUCCAGUUAAUUCUUGGGUCAUUGCGGAUAGCAUUGUGUGCAACAUCCACGAGGAUAACCUCAAAGUACUUGUAAGUAGAGUCCUAAUCAAUAAAAUAAGGCAGAAAUGAGAGCCAAGCCAUUUCAAAUUCAGGUGGCAAACUGAAACUUUUAGUAAGCCCUACAACGUACCUCAUUGAUCCAGUACGAGUUAACAACUCUGAGACCUCCCAACUUUCGGCCAGCACGCUCCUCAGCAACAGACCGUUUGCUGCGCUGGAACUUCAAUUGGGUGACACCCUGGUUUGUGGGCUUACCAUACACGAUACCCUUGGGAACAGGCCUCUUGCGACCACCCCUCCUAACACGGACACGGUAAACCACAUAACCCUGGAUAGGAGUACACAAAUUUGUCAGAUGCAAUCAAUUGGGGAAAAAAGGUACCUACAUGCAUACAAUCACAUAGAUUUAAUUUGAAAAAAAAAAAAGAAAAAAUCAUGGAUAGAUAUAGUUACUAUUAUGUACCAAAAAUUCACA